CCCACUUGGGUUCUGGGACUUGAUGGCCGAGGGCUCGCGGGCCGCCGGCGUCCAGGGAGCGAGGACGGGGCCGGCCGGGGUGCCGCUCCCGGGCCGGGGGAACAGUCGGGGACGGGCGAUGACUUUUCAGGCUUGGGGAUGGCGGAGGGAAGAAGCGUCUCAGGUUUUGGCCUGGGUGCCCGACGCCGAGGGCGGGAGAGGGGCAGCGAUGUCGCGCAGGACGCCGGCUACAAAAGACCCCACAGCUGUAGAGAGAGCAAACUUGUUAAACAUGGCUAAACUGAGUAUCAAAGGACUCAUUGAAUCUGCUCUAAGCUUUGGCCGCACUUUGGAUUCUGACUAUCCCCCCUUGCAGCAGUUCUUUGUUGUUAUGGAACAUUGUCUGAAACACGGUCUUAAAGUAAGAAAAUCAUUUUUGAGUUAUAACAAAACUAUCUGGGGCCCUUUGGAACUGGUGGAGAAGCUGUACCCAGAAGCAGAGGAGAUAGGAGCCAGUGUCCGGGAUUUACCUGGUCUUAAGACCCCCCUGGGUCGUGCAAGGGCAUGGCUUCGAUUAGCCCUCAUGCAAAAAAAAAUGGCUGAUUACCUGCGUUGCUUAAUUAUUCAAAGAGAUCUCUUGAGUGAAUUCUAUGAGUAUCAUGCACUAAUGAUGGAAGAAGAAGGAGCAGUAAUUGUUGGGCUGCUGGUUGGCCUGAAUGUGAUAGAUGCUAAUCUGUGUGUAAAGGGAGAGGAUUUAGACUCACAAGUUGGAGUGAUUGAUUUUUCCAUGUAUUUAAAGAAUGAAGAAGAAAUUGGAAAUAAAGAAAGGAAUGUUCAAAUUGCUGCCAUAUUAGACCAGAAGAAUUAUGUUGAAGAAUUAAAUAGACAACUGAACAGCACGGUCAGCAGUCUCCAUUCAAGAGUUGACUCAUUAGAAAAGUCAAAUACUAAGCUGAUUGAAGAGUUAGCAAUAGCAAAGAAUAAUAUCAUUAAACUCCAAGAAGAAAAUCAUCAAUUACGAAGUGAAAAUAAAUUGAUUUUAAUGAAAACACAGCAGCACCUAGAGGUUACCAAAGUGGAUGUGGAAGCUGAGCUUCAGGCAUACAAGCAUUCUCGGCAGGGGCUGGAUGAAAUGUGCAAUGAAGCCAGAAGGCAGCUUCGAGAUGAAUCUCAGUUACGACAGGAUGUGGAGAAUGAGCUAGCGGUACAAGUUAGUAUGAAACAUGAGAUUGAACUUGCCAUGAAGUUGUUGGAGAAAGAUAUCCAUGAGAAACAAGAUACUCUGAUAGGCCUUCGACAACAACUAGAGGAAGUUAAAGCAAUUAACAUAGAGAUGUAUCAAAAGUUGCAGGGUUCUGAAGAUGGUUUGAAAGAAAAAAAUGAAAUAAUUGCCCGACUAGAAGAAAAAACCAAUAAAAUUACUGCAGCCAUGAGGCAGCUGGAACAAAGAUUGCAGCAAGCGGAGAAGGCGCAAAUGGAAGCUGAAGAUGAGGACAAGAAAUAUCUACAAGAAUGUCAGAGUAAAUCCGACAGUCUGCAGAAACAGAUCUCCCAAAAGGAGAAACAGCUGGUGCAACUGGAAACCGAUUUGAAGAUUGAGAAGGAAUGGAGGCAGACUUUGCAGGAAGAUCUUCAAAAGGAGAAAGAUGCCUUAUCUCAUCUUAGAAAUGAGACCCAACAAAUCAUUAGUCUUAAAAAAGAGUUCCUUAACCUCCAGGAUGAAAACCAGCAGUUGAAAAAAAUAUAUCAUGAACAGGAGCAAGCUCUUCAAGAACUUGGCAACAAACUUAGCGAAUCAAAACUUAAAAUAGAAGAUAUAAAAGAAGCCAACAAAGCAUUGCAGGGACUGGUUUGGUUGAAAGACAAAGAUGCAACACAUUGUAAACUUUGUGAAAAGGAAUUCUCACUGUCUAAGAGAAAGCACCACUGUAGAAACUGUGGGGAAAUUUUCUGUAAUGCUUGCUCUGACAAUGAACUGCCUUUGCCUUCUUCACCGAAGCCAGUACGGGUUUGUGAUUCCUGUCAUGCAUUGCUGAUUCAGAGAUGCUCAUCUAACUUGCCAUAAGACUCCAGAAUUAAAUUGUUAUGUAUGACAGUACAUACCUACAAUGAAUGUUAUGUAUGAACGUGUGUAUGCAAUGUAUUCAGACAGCCCUUCUUAAGCAGCUUUCAGACAGUAUUGGUACCAGUUUUAUAUUCCACAUAUUCAACCCAUGGGAAUUAGAAGUUGCAUAAUUUGAUAUUUCCUUCCCCAUUGUUACUCAAAAAGAAUUUUCAACGGGGCAUGCUUUAAAAUAACUUUAGCCUAGUUAGUAAUUGAUGUAAUAAUCAUCUUAAUGCCACUGAAAGGCCAGAGAGCAUAGCUAACACACAUUUGCCUUAUUUUGUAAAGGCCUUUUGAAAAAUAGGGCUUCAGAUUGUUUUAUUCUCCAGGUUGUCAUGUUGAUAUUUGAUGGUGCCUGUAAUUUUCUUAACGCACUUUAAAGCUUCUUAGUUUUCAGAGAAAGGUUGGAAAUGCAUAGAACUAUUUACAAGUUUUAAUAUUCCAAUUCAACAGAUUUUUCAUUAGCUUGGUAAGAUGUCAACCUAUUUAUUUUCCCUUUCUCACCCCCUUCUUUUGCCCAUUUUGUAUUAGAAAAGACCAAUAUUUUAUCCUAUAAAAUUUCCUUUUGGUCUUCCUCCUCUCUCUAAAAUCAUUGUUGUACUUGCUGAUGUAGUCUUGCAUCACUUAACGACAUGAAUACGUUCUGAGAAAUGUCAUUAGGCAAUUUCAUUGUCAUGCAAACAUCAGUUAUACUUAGGCCAACCUAGAUGGUAUAGCCUGCUACACACAUAGGCUGUAUGGUACUAAUCUUAUGGGACCGCCAUAAGAUACACAGUCUGUCAUUGACAGGAAGGGAGUCCAAAAGUUUUGGUGCAUCUGUGGCUUCUAAUUUUAUUCAUGUGCUGUUAUGCGGUACAUGACAAUACCUUUCAGAUACAGUGGGUUAAAGAGGUAUUCUUUUGCCUCAACUUUUUCCUUCUUAUUUUGAAAGGAAGUUAAACCAUCAUCCUUUUUACCCUAAGUUACUUGCGGAUCUUUCCAAAUACCAUCUGACUUGAUAAAUUGCUAACUUUCUUUAGGGAGAGCUCAUACCCCUUUUGAAAAUUG